AUGAAUUAAUCUAAUUUUGAAUACUUUAAUUAGGAUUUAAAUUAUUAAACUCUCUUAAAAAAACAAAAAAUUUACGUUUAAAAACAACUAAAUAUUAAAAUGGCUAAAGGUUCUGCUGCUAAGUCUGCCACUAAGGCUUCUGCCUCUCCUAAACCCAAGACCCCUAAGUCUAAGUCUACCACUCCCAAGCCCUCCCAAACAAAGAAGCCUAUCGCUAAGAAGCCUGUUAAUAAGAAGGCUGACAAGUCUAAGAAGCCUGCUCAAAAGAAGGGUAACGCCAAGAAGGGUUCCAAGUGA